CCGGCAAAGCCGCCCGAGGCCGGCGAAGCCAUGGGCGCCCCGACCCCGACCCCGCCGCCGCCCGGCCCCAGAAUUUUGAAGACACUGCUCUGUUGUCUCCUUGUUCACAAUAUGGCUGUUGAAAGGAAGAGAAGUUAAACUUCCAGAGAAACCCAAUGGACAAUCUCCACAACAGAUGGUAACAAAAACUCAUCCAGAUGGGGUGCAAGUGCUGUAAAAUGAUACAAAGCUAUCUCUUCGAUCCAGUUCAAGUGCCCUCCUCUGGCUACGUCAACGAGGUGAACAGCUGCAAGGUGGAUGAAGGGGGCGCUGGUAAAUGGAAAGGCAAACAGGGCAGCCAAGUCCCGGGGCAUCAAAACGAGCUGCAGAGCGAGGGCCUGAAGAGGACGGCCAGCGGGGGCAGAGCUGGCAGCGGGCAGGAGCCCCGCUGGCCUCCCCCGGGAUCGCCCCCUCUGGGGGACACGGUGGGGGGACCCUGCGCGGACAAGGCUGGCAGUGCCGUCAACGGCAUCGGCCCCGCCGCCCCCCCGCAGCCCACUGGGGACCGUGGGCCCCACCAGGGCGAGAGGGGCUCCUGCGUCAGUACCGCCAACAGCGCCCCCCCGACUGCACCCUUCCGGGAAGGCUGGGGCCCCGGCAGACGGGACAGUGUGCUGCUGCCGGCCCUCCGAGAGACCCACGUCGUCCAAAGUGGGGACCCCAGAGCUGCUCUCAGGGCAGAAGGUCCUGCCUUGGAAGUACAAGACCACGACUUCCAGAUGCCAGCCCCAGAUUACCCUCCCCUUCGGGGCUCGGCUGGAGACACAGUUGACUGGGAAGAAAAGGACGGUCUUCCCGAGAGCCACCCUGAGGAGGGACCCCCGGCGGGCCUUCACCCCAGGGCGGGGGGACACGGCUUGAAUAUGCCCUUCCCCUUGAAGAUAAGCUGGGGUUCCUUAAAUGAGGCCGUGGCAACAGAAGCCCUAAGUGUCGGCUUCAAAGAAGAGGACGCUGCUCAGGCCGUGCCCGGGGUCGAUUCGAGAACUGGGUGGGAGGGUGCGCCCGGCUCCACCGCAGACGGGAGUGGGGAUGCGGUGGACGAGGACGCGGCGGUGGCCGAAGCCCUUGCGGCUUUGGAAGCGGCUACUGCAGGAGAAGACGCGGAUGAGGCAGAUUAGGGCCCCCCCGAGCUGGCGUCGCGCCGCGCAUGCGCGGUGCGCGUGCUCCUUGCUCGCAGCUGACGUCGUGCAGCCUUAACGGGCAGCCUCGCCGACUGUUUGCAACAGCGUCCGUUCUGGCGAUUGGCAGUGCCUGCGGCCAGGCCGCUUGUUGCGAAGUAUCGGAAGCCCCGCUGUGUAGACGGGGUGUCACUCAGGAGGCCGGAAUAAAAAUCAGAGGGGACGAUGCGCCGGUGCCCACAGCACAGGCAGAAAUUAAACAGCCUGCUCAUCAACCCACAAACCCCCCUCCGAGAACGCUCGGAAAUCCCAGUGCUGAAUCCCAAGAGUGCAUAAUCACAGAAUGUUCUGUUGGUAAAUUCACUGUCUCGCUUCUGAGAGCCAGACGUUGUACCCAACCCGGAAAAGGUAACUACCCCCACUGAAAGUGCCUCGUGUGUCCCCAGAGCGUGGCUUACCUUCAGGGACGGCCUCCCAGGGAACUAAUAACUAACCACUUGUUUGAUAUCCAGUUAAGCUCAGCAGCAUUUGGGAUGGGGCAGAAGCCACUAGUGAACAAAUGGUUAGUUGUUAGCUGUGAUAUGAAGACACCUUGACCUUAACUUUUUUUACAUUAUUACUUUUUAUUCUCCUUUGGGAUUGGGGAAGCCGGUCAAAAUAAUUCUUAAACCUGCUUGUGACCAUUUGACUUGUAAAUUCAUGAGAUUGGGAACAGUGAAGAGAUCAGAUGGAGUGUUCUAUGCCACUUUAAUGUCUGAUUCUGAUUAAAACAUAACAACAUG